UGACGAGUAUGAUUAGAGUAUCUUCAAUUUCAAGGGACAAAAGUGGUCGUUAUGAUUGUGUUCUUGAGAAUGAAUUUGACAAAGUUCUUUCAUCAGCACAUUUGACUGUACAAUAUUUUGAUGGUGUCAGUCUUAGUGUUAUUCCAAGCAAUGAACUUGUAUCUAAAGAACUAGGAACUUUAGUCAUCAACGUGUCAUCAGUUCCAGCUGCAACUGAAAUACAUCUGAGUCGAAAUAAUGUUGUACUCUUCUCAUCAUCUAACGGAAAUCUCAACAAAUCAAUAGGAACUGUCACAGUGAAUGAGAACAAUCACAUACAGUACGUCUUUACUGUUGAUAAAAGCUGGAAUACUACAGUAACAGCAUAUGCGAAGCAUCCACUGGGAAGUAAUACAUCAACUCAAGUAAUAACUGUACUUGCUCCUCCAGGUCCAAUUGAUGUGUCUGUAAACACCUCUUGUUAUAACAAUAAUAACAGUUUACUGGUUACAUGGACUGUGUACAGUAAUGGUGGACGCGACAUCAGCAAUUACACACUGAGAUGGAGGAAAGGUUGUAGUAAUACUCCAACUACAUUGCUCAACUCAAAGACAUGGAUGGUAUCAAACAAUGCUAGAUUUACACAGCAAGGAGGCAGUUACAUAAUACCAGGACUGGAUGGUAACACAACAUAUUGUAUAGACGUGGAAGCAACAAAUAGUAUUGGACCAAUGUCGACGAGAGUCAAAGCAACUACACUGUCUGUCCCAAAGCAGCCUAAACUUCAAUGUAAUCCCACGUUGACCACAAAUACAAGUGUAGCAAUAGCUUGGGUAGUGAGCAGCAAUGGUGGUGAUGACGUCUCACAUUAUGCUGUAGUACUGAGUAGAGAUCUGAAUUUCACACAGACAGCUUAUUCAAAGACUCUGUUUGUGGUUGACAAUUCUGAGUUGACACAGAAGGGUGGAAUGGUUACUGUGCCAGGUCUUUCUGGUGGAACAACAUAUUAUGCAAAUGUUGUUGCAAGAAAUUGUGUUGGUGCUAGUGUUCCUGCUACUCAGCCUUGCUCUACACGCUGUGGUCAGUGUAUUUGUCCAUUAUUGCAGCCGCGAGCAGCCAAAGAAGUAUUUUUGUCUGAUGACACCAUAACACUGGCAGUAAAGGCUCCUGACUUGAAUUGUCAAAUUGACAAAUACAUUGUUAAAGACGUAGCGUCUGCUGACGAACUGCAGUCAUCAUAUUCUGUUGAGAAUGGUAUUGUAGCUAUUACCAUAACGGGACUGGAGGCAGGAGCAAACUAUACAGUUCAAGUGUAUGCAGUAGAUCAAUCACAGGAACGUCCAAUAGGGAAACCAGUCACAUUUCAAAUAUCAAGCCAAGAUAAAGAUGAAGGAGAUGAUGAGGAAGUUGUGAUUAUUUCAGUUACAGUCAGUGUUUCUGUAUGUGGUAGUGGUGUGGUGGUGUCUGUUGCAGUAUAUUAUGCUGUUCGUCGAAACAAGAGGAACAAAGGGAACAAUCGAACACAGGAAGGGGGACAAACAACAACAGAUGUUAAAGUUACAACAACAGCAGCGUCUGUUGCAUAUGUAAAUGCACCUGAUGGUGUGUUGGUAAAAGCUAGCAUAGAGCAUUCGUCAUAUACACAUACAUACGGUCAUGUGGGGCAUGUACCCAAGGACAAACCAGCUCCACAUGAACCUGACUCGAUGGUUGCAAAAAAAGGUGGCACAUAUACGCAGCCACAAGUUCAUACACCACAAACACAGACAUGUGCUCAAGGUCAACUUGACUCGAAAUCUGCAAGAACGGGUGUCACAUAUGCGGAGCCACAAUUUCCUUCCGAGGACGAACGGGUUCCAGCCAGGAGGCCUAUGAGAUCCGUUCCGUACCAACAGAUCGAUGUUGUAGCCACAAAAAAUCUUAAACUUGAAAGAGAUAAGAAUUCGAGUCCUGAAACUCAACGGCUUACUUUACCAGAUCUUGUUGGUCAGAAUGUCAAUUGCAACAAGUAGCGGUCAAAGCUUGACACAUCAUUCAAUCUGAAUUCAACGACUGCUGAUUGUCACUGGAGAAGAGAAAACAUAGUCAAAGUCAGUUGUUUAUAAAAAUUACAUAUUGUAGUUGUCAACUAAGUUUGUAGGAUUUUACUCAGGUACCAUAAGCCAGGCUUGCACUAGCUAGCAGGAGUGGUUCUUUUGUAGUUUAUACAAGUAGGUAUUUUGAUACUUGUUAGACCACAUUUUAUCGCAAUUGACUAUAUAUUAAUGCUGGUGCAAACAAGAAAACACUAAAAACUUUCUUCAAAUUGCCAACUCUGUCUACAAAUUUCGAUCGUGUGCUUCCACUAUCAUCUCAGAGUAUCCGGUUCUUGAAUAGGGCCCCAUCCUACACUUCACUCAGGGUGCAUGCGUGUGCAAUACUUCACUUGUGCCCACUCACAAAGAUGGCGAAACUGCCUGAAGUUGGUCCAUGUACAGGAGUCACUGACACAAUAUUUAGCUAUACAGUUACUGUUAGUCAAGUUGAUACUCAUUGGUAAACAGGUAAUUACACGAAUUCCAUACUACUAAUUAUUAAUAUGUGUAACUACACUUUCUAUUUUAGUUGAACCUUAGCAUAAUGAUUGUGCUACCAAGUCAAAGACAAUGUCACAUGCUGCUCUUUGUUGUGUAC